AUGGGCGACAGUCCAACUGGUUCAUUCCGCGGGGGAAAACCUACGAAUGACGCUCAGAAUAUGAGAGCGAACGAUGCUCAUACGCAAUCCAUCGCAACUGAUUCCGACUUGAGAAUGAGCCAACAAACUAUUCCAGCGCAUAUGGCUCAGGCCGCCAGCUACAAUCAGCAACAGUCAUUUCCCGGACAUUUCGCCUCACCACUUCGACCUGACGCUUUCAGUAUGGGAAACAUAGGAGCGGCGUUGCCUGAAGUCCAAUAUCACAACUACCAUAACACGACUGAGCAACAAAGACAACAAGUCCAUAAUGCGCCCAACUAUCAAAUGCAAGGCAUGACUCAAUUCAGUGGACAGCAAGCUCAGGGUUCAUCAAUUCCGAGCAUGCCAUAUUCGGUGCCAUACCAAAAUCAAUUUCCGGGCAUGUAUUCAGCACAGCACGCUACACCACAACAUGUUCAGUCGUCACCGAAUUCCAAUGGCCAAUUCUUCCAGGGCCAGGGUUACAUGGGUCAAUUGCCGCAGCAACAGCAAAUUCCUCCUUAUUUUGUGUCGUCUGCACAGUACGGACACCAUGGAUCUCAGAUGUAUCAUUCGGGGGUGGUGCCGAGUGGCGUUCGCGGUACAUUUGCUGAUAGCAGACAAUUAAGUCCACAAGUCAAUGAUUUCUCUGGAGGCUUUCCAAGAGCGGGGAGCCAGGGUCGGGCAGGAAGCAUUGCCUCAAGUGUUGGUCACUCUUCGAUCGUACGGGGUCCACCAAGAAAACCUCGCCAGACUGGUCACGCAAUAUGGAUUGGAAAUCUACCGCCGCAGACAGAGUUGAUGGCUUUGGUUUUUCAUGUGUGCAAAGAGGCCCCUGGAUUGGAAUCUCUCUUUCUUAUUUCUAAGAGCAAUUGUGCUUUCGCGAACUUCAAGGAUGAACCCACAUGCACCGCAGCGCAGGUGAAGAUACACGAUUCUCGGUUUCAAUCGAUCAGACUUGUAAGUCGUCUAAGGAGGAGUUCUGUAGGAUCGGCAGCUGGUAUAGUUGCUCCUACUGGCCCAGCAGCGUUGAAUCCUCCUUCGAAUCCAGUGGUGGCACGCACUCCUUCCCCAGAUAGCGCAGAUACAUCGAGCAAAGUUCCCGACCAAGAUGGAGAAAAUGAGCAACGUGCAGAUGAAAGUGCCACUGUGAAAGACAAGUACUUCAUCGUGAAAAGUCUCACAGUUGAGGACCUCGAGCUUAGUGUUAGGAACGGCAUAUGGGCAACCCAAUCGCAUAACGAGCAGGCACUCAAUAAAGCCUACCAGUCCACCGAAAAUGUGUACUUGAUAUUCUCGGCCAAUAAAUCCGGCGAGUAUUUUGGUUACGCAAGGAUGACUUCCAAGAUCAACGAUGACCCAGCAGCAGCCAUCGAAUUUGCCCCUAAGCCACAGUCCGUUGAGGACCCUGACCUGCCCAAAGCGAUAGCGACAGCCGCAACAGAGUUUGCCCCGAAAGGACGAAUCAUAGAUGACUCGGCUCGAGGAACUAUAUUUUGGGAAGUUGAGAGAGAUGACGAACCGGAUGAGGAGGAUGAUGAGCAAAGUACACGAAGCGAUCCCGAAUCAGAGACCGCCUCAAAGGCUUGGGGUAAGCCUUUCAAGAUUGAGUGGGUAUCUACUAUGCGACUUCCCUUCUACAGGACUCGCGGACUACGGAACCCAUGGAAUUCGAAUCGUGAAGUCAAGAUCGCUAGAGACGGAACGGAGUUGGAAACUUCUAUUGGUCGUCGACUUGUUGGACUCUUCCACCGGCUUCCAAGUCCAACAGUACCACAAACCCCAGAUGGUGUAAUGCCCAUCCUUGGAGGUUACCCUCAGAUGCGUCAGUAUUGA